AUCACAUGCAUGCGUCUAUUUCUGGAGCUCUUUCUGGACCUUGCUGAACUUGGGCCAUGUUUGGCACUGGGCAUUUGGUGUCUCCUCUGUCUUCUGCAGUCUUUCACUCUUCGGCUGCGCACUUCUUCCCGGCGUUUCCCAGCCGGUUGACCUCACCGCAGAUCUUCAUCCCCGGGCCUCUGCUCAGCUACGAGCUCCUACGCAGUUACCUGCAGCCCGAGCCCUGCAAGCAGGCUCUGCUAUUGGCCGCUCAGUCCACAGGACAACAUGCUGAGAAUAUCGAUGAACCCCGGCCAGUGAAGCAGCGGCGAGCUCGGGCCAACUACAGCAGCUGGCAGCUGGAGGAGCUGGAGAAGGCCUUCGAGAGCACCCACUACCCAGACGUCUUCAUGAGAGAAGCCCUGGCCCUCAGACUGGACCUGAUAGAGGCCAGAGUGCAGGUGUGGUUCCAAAACCGCAGGGCUAAAAUGCGCAGACAGAUGAAGCUCCAGAGCCAGGCAGGAGAGCAGUGCGGCCGGCGUGACACUGACGACAGACAGGUAGAUUCGUCCAGCAGAAGCACAGCUCCAGAGCUCCACAGCAGCAGCAGCCCAGGCUGGGACAGCAAACACCAGAAAGGAAGCCCCACUUGGUCCAAACCGUCCUCAUCAGCUAUCCACAGCCCCGUAAGUGACAUGCAUCAGCGGUCGAGAGAUCAGGAGGGGUCAGAGGAGCCCAGUCCAGAGGACUUCCGCUGCUGUAGCAUUGCCAAACUGAGGGCGAAGGCCAGGGACUAUGAGGCAGAGAUCCACAGCACUGUGGCCAAGGCCAGCAGAGAGACGCAGAUGAAGACACAGUGGACAUUUCCAAAGCUAGUUUUCUCAAAUGUUGGACUGACAGCUGGUGAACAAGAGGAGCUAAGAGAGGUAGCUCGUGGUGAUCUCAUCGAUGGCCAGCUCCUCUAUCAGCUAUCCUGUUACCCUGCAUGAAAACACAGGAUUUCUGCAAGCUGCCACAAGCCCUCCAUAAACACAAUAGGGAGGGCUGAAAAAUGACU